CUUGACAGAGGAAGCACAGAACACAGGUUCUUCCAACCAAGGACCCUUUAAAGGCCCAGGCCUGGGAAGGGGUGGGGACUGCCCUUUCUCACCCACCCUUGGGCGGUGGCAGGGCAGAGCUGGGGAGCACUGUCUCCUCCUCUUUCCCCUGCAGCUGCUCAUUUCAGCUGGGUGGACCCGAGGCUGCAACUCCGUGGGCUCCGGGAGGAGUGGAUCUGCUCCGGCCAGGAUGCCUGCGGCCACCGCCGGGAUCCUCUUGCUCCUGCUCUUGGGGACGCUCGAAGGCUCCCAGACUCAGCGGCGACAGUCCCAAGCGCAUCAACAGAGAGGUUUAUUUCCUGCUGUCCUGAAUCUUGCUUCGAAUGCACUCAUCACAACCAAUGCUACAUGUGGGGAAAAAGGACCCGAGAUGUACUGCAAGUUGGUGGAACAUGUCCCCGGGCAGCCUGUGAGGAACCCUCAGUGCCGAAUCUGCAAUCAGAACAGCAGCAAUCCAUACCAGAGGCACCCGAUUACGAAUGCUAUUGAUGGCAAGAACACAUGGUGGCAGAGUCCCAGUAUCAAGAAUGGAGUGGAAUACCAUUAUGUGACAAUUACUCUGGAUUUACAGCAGGUGUUCCAGAUUGCCUACGUAAUUGUGAAGGCAGCCAAUUCCCCUCGGCCUGGAAACUGGAUUUUGGAACGUUCCCUGGAUGACGUGGAGUACAAACCCUGGCAGUAUCAUGCGGUGACAGACACGGAGUGCCUGACCCUCUACAAUAUCUAUCCCCGCACUGGACCACCAUCCUACGCCAAAGAUGAUGAGGUCAUCUGCACUUCAUUUUAUUCGAAGAUCCACCCUUUAGAAAAUGGAGAGAUUCACAUUUCUUUGAUCAAUGGGAGACCAAGUGCUGAUGACCCCUCCCCUGAACUCCUGGAAUUCACCUCUGCUCGCUACAUUCGCCUGAGAUUUCAGAGGAUCCGCACCUUGAAUGCAGACUUGAUGAUGUUUGCUCACAAAGACCCCAGAGAAAUCGAUCCCAUUGUCACACGAAGAUAUUACUAUUCUGUCAAGGAUAUUUCAGUUGGCGGGAUGUGCAUCUGUUAUGGUCAUGCCCGGGCUUGUCCACUUGACCCUGCAACAAAUAAAUCACGCUGUGAGUGUGAACAUAACACCUGUGGGGAAAGCUGUGACAGGUGCUGUCCAGGAUUCCAUCAGAAGCCUUGGAGAGCUGGAACCUUCCUCACCAAGUCUGAGUGUGAAGCAUGCAAUUGUCACGGAAAAGCUGAGGAAUGCUAUUAUGAUGAAACUGUUGCUAGCAGAAAUCUAAGUUUAAAUAUACAUGGGAAGUACAUCGGAGGGGGUGUGUGCAUCAACUGCACACAUAACACGGCUGGGAUAAAUUGUGAGACAUGUGUUGAUGGAUUCUUCAGACCAAAAGGGGUAUCACCAAAUUAUCCAAGACCAUGCCAGCCAUGUCACUGUGAUCCAACUGGCUCCCUUAGUGAAGUCUGUGUCAAAGAUGAGAAAUAUGCCCAGCGAGGGUUGAAACCUGGAUCCUGUCACUGCAAAACUGGCUUUGGAGGCGUGAACUGUGAUCGCUGUGUCAGGGGUUACCAUGGUUACCCAGACUGCCAACCCUGUAACUGUAGUGGCUUGGGGAGCACAAACGAGGACCCUUGCGUUGGGCCCUGUAGCUGUAAGGAGAAUGUUGAAGGUGAAGACUGUAGUCGUUGCAAAUCUGGUUUCUUCAACUUGCAAGAAGAUAAUCAGAAAGGCUGUGAGGAGUGUUUCUGUUCAGGAGUAUCAAACAGAUGUCAGAGUUCCUACUGGACCUAUGGGAAUAUUCAAGACAUGCGUGGUUGGUAUCUCACAGACCUCUCUGGCCGCAUUCGGAUGGCUCCCCAGCUUGAUAACCCUGACUCACCUCAGCAGAUCAGCAUCAGUAACUCUGAGGCCCGGAAAUCCCUGCUUGAUGGUUACUACUGGAGUGCACCGCCUCCAUAUCUGGGAAACAGACUUCCAGCUGUUGGAGGACAGUUGUCAUUUACCAUCUCAUAUGACCUCGAAGAAGAGGAAGACGAUACAGAAAAAAUCCUUCAGCUGAUGAUUAUCUUUGAGGGAAAUGACUUAAGAAUCAGCACAGCGUAUAAGGAGGUGUACUUAGAGCCAUCUGAAGAACACAUUGAGGAGGUGUCACUCAAAGAAGAGGCCUUUACUAUACAUGGAACAAAUUUGCCAGUCACUAGAAAAGAUUUCAUGAUUGUUCUCACAAAUUUGGAGAGAGUCCUUAUGCAAAUCACAUACAACUUAGGGAUGGACGCCAUCUUCAGGCUGAGUUCUGUCAAUCUUGAAUCUGCUGUCCCUUAUCCUACUGAUAGACGUAUUGCAACUGAUGUGGAAGUUUGCCAGUGUCCACCUGGGUACAGUGGCAGCUCUUGUGAAACAUGUUGGCCUAGGCACCGAAGAGUUAACGGCACCAUUUUUGGUGGCAUUUGUGAACCAUGUCAGUGCUUUGCUCAUGCAGAAGCCUGUGAUGACAUCACAGGAGAAUGUCUGAACUGUAAGGAUCACACAGGUGGGCCGUACUGCAAUGAAUGUCUCCCUGGUUUCUAUGGUGAUCCUACUCGAGGAAGCCCUGAAGACUGUCAGCCCUGUGCCUGUCCACUCAAUAUCCCAUCAAAUAACUUUAGUCCAACAUGCCAUUUAGACCGGAGUCUGGGAUUGAUCUGUGACGAGUGUCCUAUUGGGUACACAGGACCGCGCUGUGAGAGGUGUGCAGAAGGCUAUUUUGGACAACCUUCCAUACCUGGAGGAUCAUGUCAGCCAUGCCAAUGCAAUGACAACCUUGACUACUCCAUCCCUGGCAGCUGUGACAGCCUGUCUGGCUCCUGUCUGAUUUGUAAGCCAGGUACAACAGGCCGGUACUGUGAGCUCUGUGCUGAUGGGUAUUUUGGAGACGCGGUUAAUGCAAAGAACUGUCAACCAUGCCGUUGUAAUAUCAAUGGCUCCUUCUCAGAGAUUUGUCACACUAGAACUGGGCAAUGUGAGUGCAGACCCAAUGUGCAGGGGCGGCACUGUGACGAGUGUAAGCCUGAAACCUUUGGCCUGCAACUGGGAAGGGGUUGUCUGCCCUGCAACUGCAAUUCUUUUGGGUCUAAGUCCUUUGACUGUGAAGCAAGUGGGCAGUGCUGGUGCCAGCCUGGAGUAGCAGGGAAGAAAUGUGACCGUUGUGCCCAUGGCUACUUCAACUUCCAAGAAGGAGGCUGCAUAGCUUGUGACUGUUCUCAUCUGGGCAACAACUGUGACCCAAAAACUGGCCAAUGCAUUUGCCCACCCAAUACCACUGGAGAAAAGUGUUCUGAGUGUCUUCCCAACACCUGGGGUCACAGCAUUGUCACCGGCUGUAAGGUUUGUAACUGCAGCACUGUGGGGUCCUUGGCUUCUCAGUGCAAUGUAAACACGGGCCAGUGCAGCUGUCAUCCAAAAUUCUCUGGUAUGAAAUGCUCAGAGUGCAGCCGAGGUCACUGGAACUAUCCUCUCUGCACUCUAUGUGACUGCUUCCUUCCAGGGACAGAUGCCACGACUUGUGAUCUGGAGACUAGGAAAUGCUCCUGUAGUGAUCAAACUGGACAGUGCAGCUGUAAGGUGAAUGUGGAAGGCGUCCACUGUGACAGGUGCCGGCCUGGCAAAUUUGGACUAGAUGCCAAGAACCCACUUGGCUGCAGCAGCUGCUACUGCUUUGGAGUUACUAGUCAAUGCUCUGAAGCAAAGGGGCUGAUCCGUACGUGGGUGACUUUGAGUGAUGAACAGACCAUUCUACCUCUGGUGGAUGAGGCCCUGCAGCACACGACUACCAAAGGCAUUGCUUUCCAGAAACCAGAGAUUGUUGCAAAGAUGGAUGAAGUCAGGCAAGAGCUCCAUUUGGAACCUUUUUACUGGAAACUCCCACAACAAUUUGAAGGGAAAAAGUUGAUGGCUUAUGGUGGCAAACUCAAGUAUGCCAUCUAUUUUGAGGCUCGGGAUGAGACAGGCUUUGCCACAUAUAAACCUCAAGUUAUCAUUCGAGGUGGAACUCCUACUCAUGCUAGAAUUAUUACCAGACACAUGGCUGCCCCUCUCAUUGGCCAGUUGACACGGCAUGAAAUAGAAAUGACAGAGAAAGAAUGGAAAUAUUAUGGUGAUGAUCCUCGAAUCAGUAGAACUGUGACCCGUGAAGACUUCUUGGAUAUACUAUAUGAUAUUCACUAUAUCCUUAUCAAGGCUACUUAUGGAAACGUUGUGAGACAAAGCCGCAUUUCUGAAAUCUCCAUGGAAGUAGCCGAACCAGGACAUGUAUUAGCAGGGAGCCCACCAGCACACUUGAUAGAAAGAUGCGAUUGCCCUCCUGGCUAUUCUGGCUUGUCUUGUGAGACGUGUGCACCAGGAUUUUAUCGACUUCGUUCUGAACCAGGUGGCCGCACUCCUGGACCAACCUUAGGAACCUGUGUUCCCUGCCAAUGUAAUGGACACAGCAGUCAGUGUGAUCCUGAGACCUCAGUAUGCCAGAAUUGUCAGCAUCACACUGCUGGUGACUUCUGUGAGCGCUGUGCCCUUGGCUACUAUGGAAUCGUCAGGGGAUUGCCAAAUGACUGUCAACCAUGUGCUUGUCCUCUGAUUUCGCCCAGCAACAAUUUCAGCCCCUCUUGUGUAUUGGAAGGUCUGGAAGAUUACCGUUGCACCGCCUGCCCAAGGGGCUAUGAAGGACAGUACUGUGAAAGGUGUGCCCCAGGCUAUACUGGCAGCCCAAGCAGCCCCGGAGGCUCCUGCCAAGAAUGUGAGUGUGACCCUUAUGGCUCCCUACCGGUUCCCUGUGACCGGGUCACGGGACUCUGCACGUGCCGCCCUGGAGCCACAGGAAGGAAGUGUGAUGGCUGCGAGCACUGGCAUGCACGCGAGGGUGCAGAGUGUGUCUUUUGUGGAGACGAGUGUACAGGCCUUCUUCUUGGUGACCUGGCUCGUCUAGAGCAGAUGACCAUGAACAUCAACCUCACGGGCCCACUGCCUGCUCCAUAUAAAAUUCUGUAUGGUCUUGAAAAUACAACUCAGGAACUCAAGCACCUGCUAUCACCGCAACGGGCACCAGAGAGGCUCAUUCAGUUGGCAGAGGGCAACGUGAACACACUUGUGAUGGAAACAAAUGAGCUGCUAACCAGAGCAACCAAAGUGACAGCAGAUGGUGAGCAAACAGGACAAGAUGCUGAGAGGACCAACUCCAGAGCAGAAUCCUUGGAAGAAUUCAUUAAAGGGCUUGUCCAGGAUGCUGAAGCCAUAAAUGAAAAAGCUGUACAACUAAAUGAAACCUUAGGAAAUCAAGAUAAGACAGCAGAGAGAAACUUGGAGGAGCUUCAAAAGGAAAUCGACCGGAUGCUGAAGGAACUGAGAAGUAAAGAUCUUCAAACACAGAAGGAAGUUGCUGAGGAUGAGCUCGUGGCAGCAGAAGGCCUUCUGAAGAGAGUAAACAAGCUGUUUGGAGAGCCCAGAGCCCAGAAUGAAGAUAUGGAAAAGGAUCUCCAGCAGAAACUGGCAGAGUACAAGAACAAACUUGAUGAUGCUUGGGAUCUAUUGAGAGAAGCCACUGAUAAAACUCGAGAUGCUAAUCGUUUGUCUGCUGCCAAUCAAAAAAACAUGACCAUACUGGAGACAAAGAAGGAGGCUAUUGAAGGUAGCAAACGACAAAUAGAGAACACUUUAAAGGAAGGCAAUGACAUCCUUGAUGAAGCCAAUCGACUCUUAGGUGAAAUCAACUCAGUCAUAGAUUAUGUCGACGACAUUAAAACUAAGUUGCCACCAAUGUCCGAGGAGCUGAGUGACAAAAUAGAUGACCUCGCCCAGGAAAUAAAGGACAGAAGGCUUGCUGAGAAGGUGUUCCAGGCUGAGAGCCAUGCUGCUCAGCUGAACGACUCGUCUGCUGUACUUGAUGGAAUCCUGGAUGAGGCUAAGAACAUCUCUUUCAAUGCCACGGCAGCCUUCAGAGCUUACAGUAAUAUUAAAGACUACAUUGAUGAAGCUGAGAAAGUGGCCAGAGAAGCCAAAGAGCUUGCCCAAGGGGCUACAAAACUGGCAACAAGUCCUCAGGGCUUAUUAAAAGAAGAUGCCAAAGGCUCCCUUCAGAAAAGCUUCAGGAUCCUCAAUGAAGCCAAGAAGCUAGCAAACGAUGUGAAAGGAAAUCACAAUGAUCUAAAUGACCUGAAAACCAGGUUAGAAACUGCUGACCUUAGAAACAGUGGACUUCUAGGAGCUCUAAAUGACACCAUGGACAAGUUAUCAGCCAUUACAAAUGACACGGCUGCUAAACUGCAGGCUGUCAAAGAGAAAGCCAGAGAAGCCAAUGACACAGCAAAAGCUGUCCUGGCCCAGGUUAAGGACCUGCAUCAGAACCUAGAUGGCCUGAAGCAAAACUACAAUAAACUGGCAGACAGCGUGGCCAAAACGAACGCUGUGGUGAAAGAUCCUUCCAAAAACAUUGCAGAUGCAGGCACUUCCGUGAGAAAUCUAGAACAGGAAGCUGACCGGCUAAUCGACAAACUCAAGCCCAUCAAGGAGCUUGAGGACAACCUAAAGAAAAACAUUUCUGAAAUAAAGGAACUGAUCAACCAAGCUCGGAAACAAGCUAACUCUAUCAAAGUAUCUGUUUCUUCGGGAGGUGACUGUGUUCGAACAUACAGGCCAGAAAUCAAGAAAGGAAGCUACAAUAACAUCGUUGUCCAUGUCAAGACCGCUGUUGCCGACAACCUCCUUUUUUAUCUUGGAAGUGCCAAAUUUAUUGACUUUCUUGCUAUAGAAAUGCGCAAAGGCAAAGUCAGCUUCCUCUGGGAUGUUGGCUCUGGAGUUGGCCGAGUAGAGUAUCCAGACUUGACCAUCGACGACUCCUAUUGGUACCGUAUUGAAGCAUCAAGAACGGGAAGAAAUGGAUCUAUUUCUGUGAGAGCUUUAGAUGGACCCAAAGCCAGUAUGGUACCCAGCACCUACCAUUCAGUGUCUCCUCCCGGGUACACUAUCCUAGAUGUGGAUGCAAAUGCAAUGCUGUUUGUUGGUGGCCUGACCGGAAAAAUAAAGAAGGCCGAUGCUGUACGUGUGAUCACCUUCACCGGCUGUAUGGGAGAAACAUACUUUGACAACAAACCUAUAGGUUUAUGGAACUUCCGGGAGAAAGAAGGCGACUGUAAGGGAUGUACUGUCAGCCCACAAGUGGAAGAUAGUGAGGGGACUAUUCAGUUUGAUGGUGAAGGCUAUGCAUUAGUGAGCCGCCCUAUCCGCUGGUACCCCAACAUCUCCACAGUCAUGUUCAAGUUCCGGACAUUUUCAUCAAGUGCUCUCCUGAUGUAUCUUGCCACACGAGACCUGAAAGAUUUCAUGAGUGUAGAGCUCAGUGAUGGACAUGUGAAAGUCAGCUAUGACCUGGGCUCAGGAAUGACUUCCGUUGUCAGCAAUCAAAACCAUAAUGAUGGGAAAUGGAAAGCAUUCACGCUGUCGCGGAUUCAGAAACAAGCCAACAUAUCGAUUGUCGACAUCGAUUCUAACCAGGAGGAGAAUGUAGCUACUUCAUCUUCUGGAAACAACUUUGGUCUUGACUUGAAAGCAGAUGACAAAAUAUAUUUUGGUGGCCUGCCAACUCUGAGAAACUUGAGUAUGAAAGCAAGGCCAGAAGUCAAUGUGAAGAAAUACUCCGGCUGCCUCAAAGAUAUUGAAAUUUCAAGAACACCUUACAAUAUACUCAGCAGCCCUGAUUAUGUUGGUGUGACCAAAGGCUGUUCACUGGAGAAUGUUUAUACAGUUAGUUUCCCCAAGCCUGGUUUUGUGGAGCUUGCCGCUGUGUCUAUUGAUGUUGGAACAGAAAUCAAUCUGUCCUUUAGUACCAGGAACGAGUCUGGGAUCAUUCUCUUGGGAAGUGGAGGGACACUCACACCACCCAGGAGAAAACGGAGACAAACCACACAGGCUUAUUAUGCCAUAUUCCUCAACAAGGGCCGCUUGGAAGUGCAUCUCUCCUCGGGGACACGGACAAUGAGGAAAAUUGUCAUCAAACCGGAGCCAAAUUUGUUUCAUGAUGGGAGAGAACAUUCUGUCCACGUAGAAAGAACCAGAGGCAUCUUCACUGUUCAAAUUGAUGAAGACAGAAGACAUAUGCAAAACCUGACAGAGGAACAGCCCAUCGAAGUGAAAAAGCUCUUUGUCGGGGGUGCUCCUCCUGAAUUUCAGCCCUCCCCACUCAGGAAUAUUCCGGCCUUUCAAGGCUGUGUGUGGAACCUUGUUAUUAACUCCAUCCCCAUGGACUUUGCGCAGCCUAUAGCCUUCAAAAAUGCCGACAUUGGCCGCUGUACCUAUCAAAAGCCCCGGGAAGAUGAGAGUGAAGCAGUUCCAGCUGAAGUUAUUGUCCAGCCUCAGCCGGUGCCCACCCCUGCCUUCCCUUUCCCGGCCCCCACCAUGGUGCAUGGCCCUUGUGUUGCAGAAUCAGAACCAGCUCUUCUGACAGGGAGCAAGCAGUUUGGGCUUUCCAGAAACAGCCACAUUGCAAUUGCUUUUGAUGACACCAAAGUUAAAAAUCGCCUCACCAUUGAGCUGGAGGUACGAACUGAAGCUGAAUCAGGCUUGCUCUUCUACAUGGCUCGGAUCAAUCAUGCUGAUUUUGCUACUGUUCAGCUGAGGAAUGGCUUCCCGUACUUCAGUUAUGAUUUGGGGAGUGGGGACACAAGCACCAUGAUCCCCACAAAAAUCAACGAUGGCCAGUGGCACAAGAUUAAGAUUGUGAGAGUGAAGCAGGAGGGAAUUCUUUAUGUGGAUGAUGCCUCCAGCCAAACCAUCAGUCCCAAGAAAGCUGACAUCCUGGAUGUCGUGGGGAUUCUGUAUGUCGGUGGAUUGCCGAUCAACUAUACCACACGCAGAAUUGGUCCAGUGACUUACAGCCUGGAUGGCUGUGUUAGGAAUCUUCACAUGGAACAAGCCCCUGUUGAUCUGGACCAGCCUACCUCCAGCUUUCACGUUGGGACAUGCUUUGCGAAUGCAGAGAGUGGGACUUACUUUGAUGGAACCGGUUUUGCUAAAGCAGUUGGUGGGUUCAAAGUUGGAUUGGACCUUCUUGUGGAAUUUGAAUUCCGUACCACAAGACCCACUGGGGUCCUCCUGGGAGUCAGCAGUCAGAAGAUGGAUGGAAUGGGUAUUGAAAUGAUCGACGAGAAGCUUAUGUUCCACGUGGAUAAUGGCGCUGGCCGAUUCACUGCAAUCUAUGAUGCUGGGAUCCCAGGCCACAUGUGCAAUGGACAGUGGCAUAAAGUCACUGCCAAGAAGAUCAAAAACCGUCUUGAGCUGGUGGUAGAUGGGAACCAGGUGGAUGCCCAGAGCCCAAACUCAGCAUCGACAUCAGCUGAUACAAACGACCCUGUUUUUGUUGGCGGUUUCCCAGGUGGCCUCAAUCAGUUUGGCCUGACCACCAACAUUAGGUUCCGAGGCUGCAUCCGAUCUCUGAAGCUCACCAAAGGCACUGGCAAACCGCUGGAGGUUAAUUUUGCCAAGGCCCUGGAACUGAGGGGUGUUCAACCUGUAUCAUGCCCGACUACCUAAUAAAGAUAGUUCAAUCCUGAGGAGAAUUCAUCAAAACAAGUAUAUCAAGUUAAACAAUAUACACUCCUAUCAUAUUAAUAAAACUAAUGUGCAUAUACAUAAAAUUCUUUCUGCACGGUGUCAGAUGGUGAUAUUUCAUACCACAGACUGAAUUUUAAUUCAAGUCCCUUUUCAAGACUAUGAUUAUUAAACCAAUUAUUUCAUUCUAAA